UCCGUGUUGUUUUGGCUUGCCUGCGCGGACCACGUGGAGGCUCGAGGUGACAUGUGGUGGUAGGACUGCGGCUUUAUAGGCUCCGCGCGCCGUAAACACUUCACUACCCGAACUCUUUGUCGUUGUCGUGUGCCCGUGAGAGUGUGCGUGAGAGAUGUCAGCGGGCGGUCAGACCACCAGGUGCAGGGACAUCCCGGCCGUCAGGAGGGUCGCCAUCCACGAUGCCGCUCACAUGCCCCAGGACUACUCCAGCACCCCCGGGGGGACUGUGUUCAGCACCACUCCUGGAGGUACCAGAAUAAUCUACGAUAGGAAGUUCCUCCUGCAGUGUCGGAGUUCCCCUCUGACUCGGACUCCCCCCAACCUGCCCGACAUCCCCGGAGUCACCACGCUUCUCAAAGCCGAUUCCUCCAGCGAUCCCAACCAUCCUGAGUCGACGCCUCACAAAACCACUGACCACAGCUCUAACGCUGAGGAGAGUGCAGGGGAAGAUGCCCAGUUUGAAAUGGACAUCUGAAGAAGCUUCACUGUGAAUGAAAGUACAGUAAUCCUAACACGUCUUAGUUUUUGUCUGCUGGGACUGUAAGCAGAAAGAUCUGUUUAAAUGAGGAUUGUGUAACUCAGCUGUGUAAUCGGACUUCAGAUCUGCUCUGACAACAAGGUGUUUUUUCGUCACUGUGACGCCUGAUGUGUUCAGAAGUAGUGAGAAACAACACUGAUGCCUCAAGCCGUUUCUUUACUUUUAUGACGUCUGACUUUGUACAAUAUGACAUAACAUAUUUUACAAGUAGGUCAAGGGUUGUUUUCUUUUUCCAAGAUUGUGUUUUUAAUGUUUAAUGUAAUUUGAUUCAUUUUAUAACAUUAAAGACUUGUCUUUAAUACUAUCAGCAAAUUAAAAAAAACACCUGUUC